AUGCCCCAAGAACGAGGCUUCCCCUCAAGCAGCCAGAAACGCGGUCGCUCCCGUUCCAGGUCCAGGUCACCUCCGCGCAAACGUCCCGGCGCCUCGGCCCGUACGAACCGCGACCGAAGACCCCCUCCCGGUUCCGACAGACAUCGCUCAAAUGCAAGAGACCCCAGUCCCACACGCUCACCCUCGCGCUCCCCGCCGCGCCAACUGAAGCGUCCGGGCGGCGCUGCGCGCAUCAGCCAGGCCGAGCGUGAGGCAGCCCGUCGUCGUCAAGAAGAGCGCGAGCGGGAACUUGAAAGGGAAAGGCAAGCCGCUGCCGCCGCCAGGGGAGUGGGCGAUGUUGUGAAACAGCACUACAACGCAGUACCGGAGCGUGGACGCGAAUGGCGCAAGACAGACAGCAAGAUCAAGGGCCUUCGGAGCUUCAACAACUGGGUGAAGUCGUGUGUGAUCCAGAAGUUCUCGCCAGGCGACGAGUCCCUAGGAGAAUCAAGAUACGGGGAGAACAUUCUUGUGCUGGACAUUGGGUGCGGCAAGGGCGGAGAUUUGCAGAAGUGGCAGUCAGCACCUCGUCGUGUUGAUCUGUACGUUGGCAUUGACCCUGCGGACGUCUCCAUCGACCAGGCAAGAGGUCGCUACGAACAGAUGAAGAGGAAGCCAUAUCGUGGCCGGCCACAGCACGUUUUCCAUGCCGAGUUCUUUGCGAAAGACGGCUAUGGCGAAUGGCUUGGCGAUAUCCCCAUCAUUCGCGAGGUCGGAAUCGACCCACACGUUGGGCCUGACAGUGGCGGUGCCGGUCGAUUUGGAGGUGGCGGUUUUGAUGUUGUCACGAUGAUGUUCUGCAUGCAUUAUGCUUUCGAAAGCGAACAGAAGGCUCGCGGAAUGCUCCGAAACGUCGCCGGCUCCUUGAAGAAGGGAGGACGAUUCCUCGGAGUCAUCCCCAAUUCAGACAUCCUCUCAGCUAAGGUAGAGGAGAUCCACAAAAAGAAUGGGAAGGGGAAGGCUGCUGAUGGCUCCGGUUCGCCUGCAUAUGCCAGCGAUGACGACUGGGACCCGGAGAAGCCUGCGGAAGAGCCGAAGGAGGAAGCAGCUUCAUCAGAGAAGGAGGAAGGCGAAGCUAAAGAUGAGUCGGUCGAAUGGGGAAACAGCAUAUACCGCGUCAAGUUUCCUGGAAAGACACCUGCAGAUGGUGUGUUCAGGCCUCCUUUCGGCUGGAAGUAUUUCUACUUCCUCGAAGAAGCCGUGGAGUCAGUACCGGAGUAUGUUGUGCCGUGGGAAGCUUUCCGAGCCCUUGCGGAAGACUACAAUUUGGAAUUACAAUAUCGGAAGCCAUUCAAUGAGGUCUGGGACGAAGAGAACGGCGACCCAAUCCUCGGGCCCUUGAGCGAGCGCAUGGGUGUUAGAGGCAGAGAUCGUGGUCCGCUACUGAUCAGUGAUGAGGAAAUGGAAGCCGCAAGCUUCUACCACGCCUUCUGCUUCUAUAAAGUCUAG